GGGUUCCUCGUGACGUCAAUGCCGAUCAGCUGUUUGCAAACUCAGUUGUAGAACAACAACAAAAAAAGCUUCAGUCGUGAACCGAGAGGACUGGUUUAGGAGGUUCUCGUGCCUCAUCUUCCGCCCUGUGGGAAUAUUUAUUCACAUAAACGGUUUUAUCGUCGUUUACCUCAUCCCUGUAUACGGGACUAAGCGGCCAGAAGGUAAAUCAGGAUACAAAGCGACCAAAGAUAUCCCCUUAAGCUUGAAACAGCUUGAAAAAAAAAGGUGAGAUUUUGAAUAAAAACAUAUUUGCUGCCCUUGGUACUCUUGGAUCUGUGGCUCAUACAGCAGUGUCUUCAAAUAUCUGUAACUUCAUUAUUAGCUGGAGUGUGUAUCAAUGGGACCUUAGCUACAAAAAAACAGAAAACCACUGUUAAAGGACGAGGAAAGUACAAUACACCUGGGGCAGAAUAGAUGACCGUCAAAGCGUAGGUUUUAUCCAGAACAGUUUACAUUUCCUCCUAUAUCUCCGCAGUGAGAUAUAAUUUAGCACUUUAUCGCUGCUCGUGCCACCUAGCUACACCUGAGCCAAUUCUGUGAGUCUGACGCACUGCUACCAAAGGACUGUCCCUUGCCUGGGAAUGUUCCAAAGGCUGAACAAUAUGUUUGCUAGAGAAUGCAGCAAUGUCUCAAGCCAAGAAACCAAACUCAGCGAAAAAGAAGAUGAUGAAUGGAUUGUUGUCGACUUCAUAGCUCAAGUGGAUCCUGGUUCGAGGUUUUCUGAAGAAGCAGCAACGUUUGAAGUCAUAUCACAUUCUGAUGAAACGCCUGUUACACCACAGGGGCCCAGUGCUUUUGAACGUUUAGGAACCACAAGUGACUCGUGCUUCAUUCAUUUCAACCUAUGCCCCAUGGAGGAGAGCUGGUUUGUGACACCACCCCCUUGUUUUACUGCAGGAGGACUGACGAGUGUGGGGGUGAAAACCAGCCCUUUGGAAAACCUUCUCAUUGAGCACCCAAGCAUGUCUGUGUAUGCUGUUCAUAACUUGUGCCAUAAACCAGAGACUAGUUGUGAAUCUGUUUUUCCCAGGCUUGAUAGAAUAGAGUCGGAUACAGAGGAUAAAAAAAAGGGUAAACACCCACAUUGCUCUAUUGCAGCUCUUGCUGCUCGCAUGAAAGGACUGGAGAACACCAAAACCUAUCUCAGCAAUAAGUUGACUAAACGUCAUUUGGAUAAACAUCUUAACCGAAAAGGUUUUAGACUCCAGAAUCUCAUCCGAGGAUGCCGUUCCCAACAGAUCAAGCACAGCAGACACCUCGUUCACCAGCCUUCACGGCGUCAGUAUAAUUACUGAAGGAAUAUUCCUGCAUCGUUCCCUGGGUUGAGUAGCAGAGGGGCUUUCAAUACACAGUGCAGCAUACAGGUCAUUCUGGUACUAGGACUGUGCAGGUCUCAGUUCUGUACCUUGUAAGUUCAGAACAAGGUUAAUACAUUCUUGUUAACCUAUGCUUAUUAUGGAGAUAUGGUAUCUGUAAAAUACAGAGGAACAGAACUUUUUUUUAAAGAUCCUUUAUGUAACGCUAGCAUUGAAAUCUUGAUACAGAAGAAACACUGAAAUCGAUGCAGUUGCCUAAGGGACUGUCAAAACCAAAGCUAGUGUGUGUUGGUACAGAAAGUACAUAUUCUGUAGCAUUAUUAUAAUGGUUAUUCAGCCACGCGACUUCUCGUUCUUUCUUAAUAUUUCUCCUGAAGAUUAGGACCCCUCUGCUAAUCAUUUCUAAACUGAAAUUUCUCACCAGCACUUGUCAGAGAAGAUCCAUAGAAAUAAGGGAGAACACUUUGGUCACUACAGUGAUUAAGGUUAAUAAACACAUUUUUUAAAACUAGGGAUAGAGGGCUUCUUAAAUGUGUCUUGGACUAGAUGUUUUGUCCACUGUCAUAUAUAAGAUUAUUGUACUAUGUACAAUAUUUACUGUGAGGGAGAAUUUUAAACAGGGAAGUAGAUUAUGACAACGUUUGUAUUUCACACGUAGAACUAUUGUAUAAAUCUGUUUCACAUAAUUGAUAUUCCUACAUCAAAAGAUCAUGCCUGAAUUAUUAAUUAUUUUACAUUACUUGUGGUGGACAGCCAUAAAGGGAUAAAAGCAAUAUGCAAAAAAAAAAAAUAUAUGCGCUGUUUAGGAUGAAACUUAUUGUAUUAUAUUAAUAUUAAUCUUUCCUUGUUUAUUAAUACUAAUGAGAUCUCUCAGUCUAUAGAGACUGCACACAAAACUCCAAUAGAGAGAAGCAUGCCUUUCCAAUCACGUUGUGAUUUGCCCUCAAUUGAUUAACAUAGUUUCAUAAUGAAGAUCUGUCAUAACAGCUCUGAAAUCUGCUCUAUCUUUAUUAUAAGACAGCAGGAAAAUAAGAAUUUAUUUCCCAUGGGCCCAGACUCCAGCUGGUACAAGGAUAGGUCAGUUCCCAUCGGCCCCUUUUUAAUUUCAACCAUAGGCUUAUAUAACACCUAGAACAUUUGGUACUGUCUCAAUCCUAGGUCCCAGUAUGACCCUGGGUUUACUUGGAAAUUGGACAGUUUGCAGUCUGUUUAUCAAGCUGUGUAAAAAGUGGAAAGAAACAUAACCAGUGAUGUUGCUGAUGGCAACCAAUCAGAUCUUUGCUUUGUUUUCUAACUUUUGAAAUCUAAUUGCUGAUUGGUUGCUCUGGGCAACAUCACCAGUAAUGCUUCUCUCCACAUUUAACACAGCAUAAUAAAUAGGCCCCCUUUGUGUCCUAAUGCACCAUACCUGUGUUCUUUAGGUUCAUCCUCCCUACAUUUUCUUUCUCGCUAAUGGUAGGAGGAGCCAAACACUAAGAAUAUUUGGAGGGCAUUUCCAUAAUGCUAAAAUGAGUACAAUUUAUUAUGUAGUCCCAACCCCCUCAGUGCUACCCAACAGCUGUAUGUAUUGUGCCAUUUAAAAUAGUGUGAAAUGUACAUCACCAGGAGGUGGCAUGGGGCUUUUAUAGCAGGAUAGAAUAGUGUAUAGGAGGAGUGUUGUACUUAGUAACAUAUUCGUUAGUAUAGAACGAAAUAAAACAAGAAGACAAAUUAAACUUAAAUCACUAAAUCUUUAUAAAGAAAUAACUUAACGAAACUCCACUUGCGUCCCUAUUCAAAAAAGGCGACAGUGAUGAUCCAUCAUGUGGCGCUCGAUUGCUCCUCCCUGGCUAUCUCCUAUAAGGAAAGCAGGGAGGAGAAAUAGAGCGCCGCACGAUGGAUCGCUAGAUCGCCUUUUCUGAAGAGGAGCGCAAGCGGAGUUUCGGUAAGUUAUUUCUUAAUAAAGACUUAUCGAUUUAAAAGUUUAAGGGGCAGAUUUAUCAAGGGUCGAAUUUCAAAAAUAAAAAUACUUUGAAAUUCGACAAUCGAAAAUACUUUGACAUGGAAUUUCAGUUUUUUCAGCGAAUUUGGGUAUCCUGCGGUCGAAGUAAAAUCAGUUGAUUCAAAGGAUUUCAACGAUCGUUUGAACGUUUUUUCUUUGACUUAAAAAAACGUACAAAAUUGCUCUAGAAGGUCACCAUAGGCUAACAUAGCACUUUGGCAGGUUUAAU